UCCGAACUCUAGGCGAGAGCGGUGAGAUGCUGCUAUCAGAUGGGCGUCGGAUUUUGCCACACGGGGCUAGUGCAACGGCACCCAAUUGCAUCGAGACUCACAGUGAAUUUCGACUGAUUGUGCUAGCAAACCGGCCGGGGUUUCCGUUUUUAGGUAACGAUUUCUUUGCGGCGGUAGGCGAUGUCUUUAGUUGCCAUGCCAUCGAAAAUCCCACACCUGACUCGGAGAUGUACCUAUUGAAGCGUUAUGGACCAACUGUGCCCAAUGAAACGCUCACAAUGUUAGUAAAUGCAUUUGGUGAGCUUCGUACCCUGGCGGACGAGGGGCUACUUAAUUAUCCGUACUCUACGCGGGAAGUUGUGAGCAUUGUAAGACAUUUAGAGCGUUAUCCACAAGACGACAUGUGCGAGUUAAUAGGAAACGUGCUAGACUUUGAUCGCUACCAGCCGGAGGCAUUGCAGCAGGUCACCCACGUGUUGACUAAACAUGGUCUGUUAAUCGAGGCAUAUGCAAAGGACGAAUUACAGUCACUGCGCAAUCAACGGCAGCUUCAGUUAAGCAUCCAACGACACAGCGGGUUGGAUGUGUCAGGAUCCAAACUUGGUAAAUUGGAUCCAAAAAAUGAGCCACAUGUAGGUGGCAACACGUGGGCGGGCGGUAGCGGUGGACGUGAUACAGCAGGUCUAGGAGGCAAAGGUGGACCAUUUCGCCUGGACAAGGGGCAUAACGUGUACCAAUUGAGCGACGAUGAGAAAGCUGAUAUUCCCGAGAAAAUAACACAAGCCGCACGUGAAAUGAAUCGAAAAGCCUUUGAGCAGAAACUACAAGAGAUCAAAAUGUCCGCCCACGAUCAUCGUUUGUAUGCGCAAUUAAACGAUCCCAUCCGCAUGCCAGUACAGCAGUUAAGGGCCAUUUUGGAGGCUAUGCAGACUAAGAGUAAAGAACGUCAGUGGCAAAAGUACCAAACUCAAGGCGAGCUAGAUGACACGCGUCUCAUUGAAGGCAUCACCGGAGAUAAAAACAUUUACAAGCGACGUAGCGAGGCAAAUCCCUGGGCCGAUUAUGUCCAGACAAAACCUAAUCGCCUUAAGCUUGUGGUUGAUGUCUCAGGAUCUAUGUACAGGUUUAAUGGCCAUGAUAGACGGUUGGACCGUGAAUUAGAGGCGGUAUUAAUGGUCAUGGAAGCAUUCGAAGGUUACGAAAAAAAAAUUGCUUACGAUAUUGUUGGCCAUAGCGGCGAAGGCUGGAAUCUGCCCUUCGUCAACUUGGGUAGUGUCCCUAAAAACGACAAGGAGCGCUACGAUAUAAUACGUAUGAUGCGCGCUCAUUCACAAUUUUGUUGGUCCGGCGAUAGCACUGUAAAAGCGGCAGAAGAGGCUUGCACUACUUUAGGCGCUGAGUUAAACUACGACAAUGGCAUUGUUGUUGUUCUUAGCGAUGCUAAUCUAGCGAGAUAUCGCAUAUUACCAAAGGAUCUAGCUCUGUCUCUUAGCUGCGGUGAACCUAAGGUCAAGGGCUAUGUUAUCUUUAUUGGAAGUCUAGCUGAAGAGGCCGACAAAAUAAAAACCGAGAUGCCGGUAGGACAGAGCUACGUAUGCAUGGACCUUACCAAAUUGCCGCAGAUAUUACAGAAUAUUUUUACUUCCUCUCUUUUUUAAAAUGAUUACAAGUUUGGAUUGAAAAUUGAGCUCGUUUAAUUGUAAUUUGAGAUUUAUAUUUUUUUUGUGUAAUUGUAUAGCCUGUUUUAAAAAAAAAAUAACUGUACCUAGCUCCGAGCUACUCAAAAACAUACACAAACAAUUCUACACGUUUCAAGCAUGUUACAUUUUCUGAUAUUUUUGGCAUUUCAGGUAAUAAAGGUCAACAUUCAUUCAUUAAUUCAAACUCAAAAUCAUAAAAAAGAAGGGCGCGCGUCAGACGCCUGCCAAUAAUGAUAUUUUAUUUUACGCCCAUGAUCUGCCCAUUCACACACAUUUGUGUGUGUGUGUGGAGCUCGAAAUUCCGAAGCCCUAGCCCUAGUCUAUGACACAACGCCGCCCAAAGGCAGCCUGGUCAGCACUAUUUCAUUGUAUCAUACUGACUAGUGCCCAAUUUAGUCGCUUAUUUUUUAUUUAUGUUAACCUGUAUAUUUGUCCUAAUUACAGUUUUGUCAUAAUCCCUUAAUCUAUAUAACUCCUUUUUGUACCCUGAAACAGGGGUAUAAUGUAUUUGCGCAAAUGUAGAAGGCAGAAGGAUGCGUCACCGACCCCAUGUAGUAUAAAUGUUCUUGAUCUGCAAUUAUAGCCGAGUGGAUCUAGCCGUCUGUCUAUCCGUCCGUCCGUAUGUAUGAACGCAAGGAUCUCAAGUCUUUAACAAUAAUGGAUACCUCGCCCUGUUAUCAAGCAAUCGAUAAAAAUCGUUACCUCAGUUCUGUUUUGAGCAAAUCCGAAAGCCCCAGUCACCCAAUUUGACAUCUAGCUUCUAGAAUAGUGUAUGCAGAUCAAGUAUCUUUCAUUUUAUAGCUAUCGCUACCACCCGACUUUUUCCCUUAGCUAUAAAUCAAAUAAAUAACGUAAUUGGAAGACUCCACCAAUAUAAGGCACAAUUUAAAUGCAAUUAUCUUCUUGAGACUGUACAAGUAUUCUAUUGCACAAUAAGAUCUACUGCUGAUUUCAUCAAGAUUGGUUAAGAAACACAUAAGUUAUUAAAGAAAACGUGUGCUGAUAAAUCUUGACAAGCGACGUGUUUGCGGCAGCUAGCGGAAAUUGCAAGAAUUUCUGUAUGCAUGUACAAACAUAUAUUCACUCGCGUCUUUAUUGAAUUCCGUUCGAUGUUGUCUUUGUUGCUAACUUUGUUGUCUCCAUCUCCGCAAAAUGGAACACUGACAUUUUCCCCAUUUAAAAGCGUACGACGAUCACCUUUAACAACAUUUAAAUGCUCAUUUCAGAAUUUUUGACCCAGAUUCACAACUUUGUAUUGUAGAUAACAAAUGACCCCUUUUAAAUAUAUAUUGGCCACUCCUUCUACCGCGUUUGCAUUUGUUAUCAUAUACAUUAUAUACUGGGUCGAGCCAAAAGUAGAUCGCUACCUUAACUUUGUGGGUGUAAUGGUUUAGACUGUAAAUAAAAAAUUUUUUUUGCGUUUUGUGAUUA